CUUAGCUGUCGUGAUCUUCCCAAAUUAUUGCAAGAUGGGCAGUGUCGGCGUUCAAACUCCAGCAUCAAUCGUCGCGCCUGACAUUGGAUACGUACCGAAUCUGAACAAGUAUCUCGCUCGCGUACAGCGUCGACAGCAGACCGAAAAGCUCGCCAAAGACUUGCCGGCUGGGUUUCCUGUACGCUUGAACUCAGAUCUGGUAUGGGACAACACCAUUGGCGAGAGGUAUAACUGGACCUAUGAGCUCAAUGCAGCUGAGGUACAAGAGAUCGAAGACGCUCUAGAGCAUUUCUUGUCCCUUGGCAAGCCAUUGGGCUUCAUCAACCAAGAAACAUUUCCUCUACCGAAAUUGCACUCUACCUUGAGGAAGAUCUCUGACGAGGUUCACAAUGGUAGAGGUUUCAAGGUCCUCCGAGGCCUGCCAGUGACGAAGCAUACUCGUCGGGAGAACAUUAUAAUCUAUGCUGGCGUCUCCUCGCAUAUUGCGGACAUUCGGGGCCGGCAGGAUAGCGAACACGAUGGAAAGGCAGCGGAUGUCGUGCUCAACCACGUCAAGAAUAUGACGAUGACCGUUGAUUCCAGUCGGAUUGGUGCUCCUGCAUUUACCAAUGAGAAACAGGUGUUCCACACAGAUGCUGGCGAUGUGAUUGCUCUUUUCUGCCUCGAAGAAGCAGCAGAAGGCGGAGAGAGUAAGCUUUCGAGCUCAUGGAUGGUAUAUAACGAACUGGCCAGAUCUCGACCGGACCUGAUCAGAACUCUGGCUGAGCCUUGGCCAUUUGAGAAUUUCACCGGUAAAGGGAAGAAGUGUUCUGUACGACCGCUGCUGCACUAUGUGCCAAGUACAGCGACCAGUCCCGAGAGAAUGAUCAUUCAGUACGCGCGCAGGGCGUUCACAGGGUACCUGAGUCUGCCUCGUUCUCCCGAUAUCCCGGCCCUAAGCGAGGCACAGGCAGAAGCUCUCGAUGCUUUACACUUCCUUUCAGAGAAGCACAGAAUUCUCCUCGACUUCAAGCAGGGCGAUAUCCAGUACAUAAACAAUCUCAGCAUCUUUCAUGCUCGUGAAGGAUUCGUAGACACUCUGGAGAAGCAGAGACACCUGAUUCGGCUUUGGUUGCGUGACUCGGAGUAUGCAUGGCCAACACCGGAAGCUCUGAAAUCCAGGUGGGACUUUGUGUACACUGGAGUCACAGCGGAGAAUUCUGUGUUCCCUCUCGAGCCUUUCAUUCGGGAUGGAGGUGCGAAUGGCGCCGUGUCGAAAGUCGACAAGACGAACAACACUGCAUCAAAGGACUAGUCGCGUCCAUUGGAUCGUCACAUGAUCAAUAAAAUGGCCCUGCUUUGCAAACGUGUGUAUGAAAUUUCGUACUU